UGUGGGGCGGCAUCCAUGGCUUUGGCUGGGCUCCCCCUGGUGCUGCUGGUGGGGACGCUGGCCCGGAUCCCCGGAAGCGAAGGGGGGAAGGAGACCCCCGUCCAUUUCCUCUACCAGGAGAAGUCCGAGUGCCGCUUCCUCAACGGGACGCAGCGGGUGCGGUACCUGUUCAGGAACUUCUACGACCAGCAGGAGAUUCUACGCUUCGACAGCGACCUCGGGAAGUUCGUGGCCAUCACGGCGUUGGCGAAGACGGAGGCGGACAGGUGGAACGCAGACAAGCAGAUCAUGCAGUACCAGAAGGUCGGAGUGGAUCGUUUCUGCCGACGCAACUACGGGGUGUACAGCUACGAGGCGGCCAAGAGGGAGGAGCGCGUGGUUGGCCGGAGAGCCAAGCCCACUGUCACCAUCUCCCCCACCAAGAUGGAUCCCACUUCCCCCAACACCAUCCUCCUCUGCACCGCCACGGGCUUUUACCCCCUGGAGAUCGAGAUCCAGUGGCUGAAGAACAGGAAGCUGGAGGAGGAGGGUGUGGCCUUCGCGGAGGAGUUCCAGAAUGGAGACUGGACCUACCAGCUCCAAGUGAUGCUGGAGACCCAGCCCCAGCGGGGGGAUGUCUACACUUGCCAGGUGGGGCAUGUCAGCCUGGAGGCCCCCAUCACCGUCCAGUGGGAGCCCCGUUCCUCCAGCUCUGCCAGGAGCAAACUCUGGACAGGGAUCAUGGGGGCCGUGAUAGGAGCGGCCUUCCUGGCUGUGGGGCUCUUCUCCUACCUGAAGAGCAAGAAAGCCACUCCCAUACAACCUCCUGCAGCCCUGAUGAAUUAAUCCUGCUCUCUGAUGCAAAAGGAUAUUUUUUCUUUAGUGGCUGAUGACUCUUUGUCCUGUUUGCAACCUCUAAGAAAUGGAGGCUGAAGGUGGCAGGUUGGGGGGAGGAGGAGGAUGGCAGC